UGCUGGGCGUCUUCGGGAUUGGAGUGCUGAGGGAUGAAAAGGCCUUUUGGGGACCAUGUUCUACCUUUGUUACCCAUGAAGAUGAAAAGACCAGCCUGUAAUCUGAAAAGUGGUUUCAAACUCAUCCUGAUCGUUGUGACUGCUCUUUGCUUUCUUUACCUGAUCAAGACAAAAUACGUCACCAAAACAUGCCGGACACGAAGGGCUCCUGAGAUCGACCCUGAUCACGCCAAGAGAGCUCAGAAAUACGCCGAGGAGAUUUCACGAGCCGAGUGUCGUCCAUCUUUUGCGAGGAACAAGUUGAGCGAGUUGUAUCUGGACAGCUACAACCUGGGUCUGCUUCCCUUUGUGACGAAAGAUACUGAAUCUCAACCCGAUGUCUUCAGAUACCCGCCUCCGUUUGGGUUCCGGAAUUUGGGGGAGAAGCUCCGAGACUUAGUCCAGCUUCUACCCGAAGACGGUGUGCCAGCAGACCUGCAGUCUAAGCGGUGUAAACGUUGUGUAGUUGUGGGGAGCAGCAGCGUACUACGAGGAUUGAAGCUGGGACCCUCCCUGAACCACUUUGAUGUUGUGAUAAGGUUAAAUAAUGCACCCGUUCGGGGGUACACAAAUGAUGUCGGUAACAAAACAACAAUAAGAAUGACGUAUCCCGAAGGAGCCCCUUUAUCUCAAGAUGAAUAUUUCCCAAAUAGCUUGUUUGUGGCAGUAUUAUUUAAAACUGUUGAUUUUGCAUGGAUAAAAGCAGUGGUGAAAAACGAAACAUUACCGCUCUGGAUGCACUUCUUCUUUUGGAAAAACGUGGCUAUGAAAAUACCUUUGGCACCCAGGAGGUUUCGGAUUUUGAACCCGGCCAUCGUUAAGGAGACAGCUUUGGAUAUUCUGCAGUACCCUGAACCUCGACUCUUGAAUUGGGAUCAGAAACACAACCAGUUCUUUGGCACUAGCAAUGUCAUUACAAAGGGGAUGGUCUUUCCUAAAGGAGCAGCGGGAGAGGUUCCUCCCUACGUCGCAGAUACUAACACGAGAUUGGCCGGAGAAGAAAUGACAAAAGAAAAGGCCUCCAUCUUCUCCAAAAGGAUGUCAACACCCAGAGUGUUUCCAUAG